AUGGCCUCCAUCGUCUCAUCAUUGUGUCUGCUGCUCGUGUUCUGCCUGAGCGUCGAGGCCGUGUUCUUGCCAAAUCUCUAUCAGCCAAACGAGGACGGGAUGGCCGGCGCCGCCGAGAAGCGCAUGAGCCGCCAGGCGUUGAUUCGGCUCAUGAUCCAGCGUGACCGGCAAGCUUUGGGCGCCCACGGGCCGAUCAAGAGGAGUGUGUUGGGGACGGCGCUUCUGAAGCCGUCCGGCAAACUCCGGGGUGGCUCUGGACUCAUG